UGAAAGUCUAUCUGCAUUUGCCAAGUAGCUAGUAGGGAACUUGACUUACAUUACAGUUGGAUCCGUUGAAUCUUGCGGCUCUAGCUGAUGGUGUGGGUGUGAAACGGUGAAUAACUCGGCGUGUUUUUGCUGCGGGAUUCUCCUCGAGCGCUGAUAUACGGGGUAACCCAGUCGUCUCCGUUCCUGACUUGAGAUAUCUGCCAGGCACAACCCGCUGAAAAGGAGGUAUAAGAGCACACGCGGUUCUAGAGUAACGUGCUUAGAUCGCGCGCUAUGGAUUUCCUGGGCCAGCAGAGACAACCUGGCGGGCCUGCUGAUGACGAUGUCGAGGCUCAGGGGGCUCGUCACUCAAAUGGAGCCGAUUAUUCGAGCGGACAGCAAAGCGGCGAGCGUUCCGUUUCGGCUGCGCAAACUGGCAACGAGCACAUCAAGUUUGGGGAUGCUCGCCUGGACGCGCCGGCAAAAAGCUCCGACUUGAACGAAUAUGAAGCGCUUGACCGGUUCAUCACGAACUUCGAUGCGGAGCGCCGGGCUAGCCUCUCAACAAGUGCGAAGGGCGGGCCGCGCAAGAAGCCAAAAUGGUGGCAGUUCUGGAAAUCUCGCGAGGGCGAACCAGAGGCCGGGUCUGAGCAUACCGACAGUGGCAAGCCGCCUGAUUCAUGGCUCGAUACAGACAUCCACACCGGUCUAACUACCGAGGAGGUGGAGGAGCGCCGGAGACGAUACGGCUGGAACGAGCUGACGGCUGAAAAGGAAAAUAUGUUCGCCAAGUUUCUCGGUUAUUUCCGAGGACCCAUCCUUUAUGUUAUGGAACUCGCGGCUUUACUGGCCGUCGGCCUUGGCGACUGGAUUGACUUUGGUGUCAUCAUCGGCAUCCUCUGCCUUAACGCCUUUGUCGGCUUCUAUCAGGAAAAACAAGCAGCUGACGUGGUGGCGAGCUUGAAGGGCGACAUUGCUAUGAAAGCGACUGUUGUACGCAACGGCAAGGAAGAGCAAAUUCUAGCGAGAGAAUUGGUCCCAGGUGAUAUUAUAAUCAUACAAGAAGGGCAAACCGUCCCAGCAGAUUGUCGGUUAAUUUGCGACUACAACAGGCCUCAGGACUUCGAGCGGUUCAAAGAACUGAGGAACGAAGACAAGUUUAGCGAGGAGGAAGAAGCUAAGAACAACAAGAACAAAGACCAAGAGAAUAAUAAUAUCGAAGACGACGACGAACAACAGUUUAUUCACUACGGCGACCCUCUCGUCGCCUGCGAUCAGUCCGCCAUCACCGGUGAAUCCCUCGCCGUGGACAAAUACAUGGGCGAUAUCCUGUACUACACGACCGGCUGCAAGCGAGGAAAGGCAUAUGCUAUCGUGACCACUACUGCCAAGCACUCCUUCGUCGGGCGGACCGCAGCUCUAGUCCAAGGAGCCAAAGACCAAGGCCAUUUCAAAGCUGUCAUGGAUAGCAUUGGAACGUCGUUAUUAGUACUUGUUAUGUUCUGGAUUCUCGUCGCCUGGAUCGGGGGCUUCUUCCACCACCUUCGCAUCGCUACGCCAGACGUCCAGAACCUCCUGCAUUACACGUUGGUGCUGCUGAUCAUUGGAGUUCCCGUCGGUCUUCCCGUGGUCACGACGACGACGCUUGCAGUGGGUGCGGCCUAUCUAGCGAAGCAAAAGGCCAUCGUCCAGAAGCUAACGGCGAUCGAAUCUUUAGCAGGCGUCAACGUGCUCUGCUCAGACAAGACCGGCACCCUGACGGCUAACAAGCUCAGUAUCCGCGAGCCGUUCGUCGCCGAAGGACAAGACGUGAACUGGAUGAUGGCCGUCGCAGCACUAGCGAGCUCGCACAACAUCGCCUCGCUCGACCCCAUAGACAAGGUAACAAUCACGACGCUCAAGCGCUAUCCCAAAGCCCGCGAGAUCCUGCGCCAAGGCUGGGUAACAGAGAAGUUCACGCCCUUCGACCCGGUCUCCAAGCGCAUCACCACCGAGUGCCGCCUAGGCAACGACAAAUACAUCUUCGCCAAAGGAGCGCCGCGCGCCAUCGUCGACCUCGCCGACGUCAGCGACGAAGUGCGCGCCAUGUACAACCAAAAGGCGCGAGAGUUCGCCCUGCGGGGGUUCCGGUCGCUCGGCGUAGCGUACAAGAAGAACGACGAGCCCUGGGUCCUGCUCGGGCUGCUAUCCAUGUUCGACCCGCCGCGCGAGGACACGGCGCAGACGAUCGUCGAGGCGGCGCACCUGGGCGUGCCGGUCAAGAUGCUGACGGGCGACGCCAUUGCGAUCGCGAAGGAGACGUGCAAGAUGCUGGGGCUGGGCACCAAGGUGUAUAAUUCCGAGAAGCUUAUACAUAGCGGCUUGACGGGGGCUGUCCAGCAUGAUCUCGUGCAGCGCGCUGAUGGGUUCGCGGAGGUUUUCCCGGAGCACAAGUAUCAGGUUGUUGAGAUGUUGCAGCAGCGUGGCUCGCUAACGGCGAUGACGGGUGAUGGUGUGAAUGAUGCGCCAUCCUUGAAGAAGGCUGAUUGUGGAAUUGCCGUUGAGGGAGCAUCCGAGGCUGCUCAGGCGGCGGCUGAUAUCGUCUUCCUGGCUCCAGGCCUCAGUACCAUCAUCCUGUCGAUCAAGACUUCUCGCCAAAUCUUCCAAAGGAUGAAAGCAUACGUACAAUACCGCAUCGCACUAUGUCUCCACCUCGAGAUAUACCUAACGACGUCAAUGGUCAUCAUAAACGAGACCAUCCGCCCGGAUCUCAUCGUGUUUAUCGCGCUCUUCGCCGAUCUGGCCACCGUCGCCGUCGCAUACGACAACGCGCACGUGGAGCCGCGCCCCGUAGAAUGGCAGCUGAAGAAGAUCUGGGUCAUCAGCGUCAUCCUCGGAUCCCUGCUGGCCGCCGGCACUUGGAUUAUGCGAGGCACCAUGUUCCUGACCAGCGGGGGCGUGGUGCAGAACUUCGGCUCGAUACAGGAGGUUCUAUUCCUAGAAGUCGCACUGACCGAGAAUUGGCUCAUCUUCGUGACUCGCGGUGGCCAGACCUGGCCCUCGUGGCAGCUCGUCGGCGCCGUCCUAGGCGUCGAUGCUAUCGCCACUAUCUUCGCCCUCUUCGGCUGGCUGUCGGGUAGCGGUGGCGGCGUCAUGGAGACCACACCGCAUACCUCCUUCGUCAACUCGCCCAACGGCUGGACCGACAUCGUGACCGUCGUCGUAGUUUGGGCAUACUCCAUCGGCGUGAUUAUAUUUAUCGCCAUCGUAUACCUCGCACUCAACAGCUUCUCGUGGAUCAACAACCUCGGGCGCACCGACCGCAACAAGAAGGACACGCUGAUCGAGAACAUCAUCGGUCAUAUCAACAAGCUUGCUAUUGAGCACGAGCCGGAUCCAAAGACCGGCCGCGACAAGUACUUCAUCGUGGAGAAAACGGCCGCCGAGGAAGAAGACAUAUGAUCGUGGGUACGUGGCAAUAUAAGCAUGUAUUUUAAUUCUCUCUACUCUCUACAUGUAGUUGAGAGGGGAAGGGGAAGUUUAAGAUGACAUACCAUCCCAGUGUGUAUAUCGUCAUAAUGAAUUAGUAAACAAUACUAUAUAGUAGCUUUAAAGAAGGGAAAGCGGCGCCGCAGAGAAUAAUGCAUAC